CACGGAUGAAUCGUUCAGUGUGAUUAAUGAACCGAUUCAUCAGGUUGAUUGGAAAGAAUCGGACAUCGCUAUUGAACUUCCAUUGCCUCUAAUGUCUGCAGAUAAAAUUCUCCAUUAUUCAGGAAUAGCUGCAGGUUUUACUUAAUUGUUCUCGAUCAGUUCAGUACAGAACUACUGUUAUGAAGAUUAUCUGAAAUCAUGUUACACAUGUUGGAUGGCAUCAUCUUCUUGCUUGGCCAACAAUAAAUCCCACUAAUACAGUUUUAUUAUUGUUCAUUUCAUUGCAUGUUUUGGCUGUAAUAGGACAAUUAUAGAUGUGACGUGUGAUCAGACGUCCUGCGUUCACAUUAGAGCCACCAUAUCAGACUGUCUUUACAGGCUUGUGUUUGUUGCAGACUGACGAUCCACCGGCUGGCGGCCCGGUCUGUGAUCCGCUCUCUGGAGCUGCAGGAGCGGGCCGGACGAGCUGCAGGCGUGGAGAACAUCAGGAGAAGGAUUGUGGAGCUCAGCGUUCAGGCAGGAGUGAGCAGCGUUCAUACGGCCUUCAUCGGCGUUAAUAAAGACAGCAAACAGACGGUCAAAGGGCCGCUGCUGCAGAGGAGAGUGCCAACAGGGCGUAUGUUUCUUGGUGCCCCUAUGCCAAUAUGCAGUGCCAUACUUGGUGCCCCUAUGAGAAUGUGCGGAAUGGUGGAUCUCGCAUCAUAUUGUGCUAGACCAAGAAAGAAAGGUGCACGGUCAAAAGCAAUGAAGGCUUACAUGGCAUGUUCUUCUGCACCGUUUAAGAGAAACUGCAGCACGAUGGUUGAAUCUGCUGCUGCGUCACAUCAGGCCGAACCCGAGCCCCGGAUGGACCCUUUGCUCCAGCUGAUCUCUCUUCAGAAGGCCGCGGGAUGCUGGGAGCUGAACACUGCACUGGCUGACGUGUUUGGGAAGACGGAGGACGAGGUGACCAAUCAGAAACCAGCACAGGUGGACGGGUCAGUGUGGGCCACUGUCCUCGCUCUCAUCUGGUUACACGUGUAUAAAUUAGAUCAGCAGGUCGAGUGGCAGUUUGUGGCCAUGAAGGCGGCGUCAUGGAUCCGCUCUCAGAAACUGGACGGCCUGUCUCAGUGUGUGUGUGACGGGAACAUGCUGUUAGGAUCUCAGGUGACUGAAGACGCGCUGGGAAUCUGAAGACUGAAGAAUCUUGUGCUGUCAGAAGACCAAAGAACUCUCACUCUUUAUCAUAUACAUCUGCGUGUUUGUUUA